AUGGCCCGUGGUAAUCAGCGCGACAAGGCCCGCGAGGCCAACCUGAAGAAACAGGCCGCUCAGAAGAAAGGCAACGCCAUGACCGGCAACGAGAUGCAGCGAGCCAAGGAGAGUGCUGCUGAGAUUAUGCGCCAGAAGCAGGCGGCUGGUACGACCCCUCCACCCCCGUGUCACAUCGUUCUCCAGAUCUCUCCGUCUGCCAUGGUUGUGUAG